AUGGUCGCGGUGGUUCGUGGUGGUGGUGUGGUUGUGGUUGGUGGUGAUGGCGGUCGCCUGAGGAGCGAAACGAAACGGCAAAAAGGGAGAGAAGACGAAAACACCGACCAAAGACGAACAACAAGACACGAACACUAUGAGCAGGAGUGGGAGGCUUCAACAGCGCUGGUGGUGGUGGAAGGGAGAGUUGGUGAUGGUUGGUGGUUGUUGUUGUUGGUGGUGGAGGUGAAGGUGAAGGUGAAGUUGGAGGUUGAGGAAGAAGAAGCAGAAGAAGAAGAAGCAGAAGAAAAGGAAGAAGGAAAGGAAAAGGCCGAAAAAAGGUCGAAGCAGCAGAAGCUGUAA